AGAGGGAGUAAGAUCAAAGACCACGGGGAGAAAGGGAUAGAAGUAAGGUGAAGCAAGGCGAGCCGGUGAUCGUAGUGGGAUCGACAAAGUAACCUGAAUCCGCGACGUAGACUUUCGACGGCAGUAACGACGAAGACGCCAUGACGACACGAUCACCAACAACAUCGCCCUCGGAUCGGCGUUCAACAACUAUAGGACUGGUCUUAACGAUCUUUUUUAUCUUCUUAGCACAGCUAUGUGACGGAGCUUAUUACGGAAAGCUGAUUGGCAAGCUGUCCGAACUUCACCAUGGCGUCAGCGGCGAAGUUUACGCCGUAGAUGGAAGGACCCUCUUCAUCAAGGACUUUACGUAUGACGGCGAAGGACCAGCUGCAUUCUUCUAUGCCGGAAAUUCCAAGAGUCCAAAUUCAAACGGCUUCAGAGUACGGGACGAACGUGGAACUGCAAACGUGUUGAAACGAUACCGGAGAAAGGAUAUUACAUUGACCUUGCCUGAUGGUAAAACCUUGAAUAGCAUCAAAUGGUUCUCAGUAUGGUGCGACGAAUUUGCUGUCAACUUUGGAGACGUAAGAAUCCCACGUGGUUUGGAUUAUCCAAAACCACAGAAAUUGGCUGCUCUCAGCGGAGUUCACGGAGUCAGUUCAGAACCCAUCGUUAUCGUGGACGCUCAGACUCUUUUGAUACCAGGAUUCAGUUAUGAUGGAGAGGCACCUGAUGCAAAGUUUUGGGUUGGUGCUGGACCAUCGCCAUCACCUCAAGGAAUUCGAGUGCCCGAUGAAAAUGGAAAAGAACAACCUUUGAGACGUUACGAUCGCAAAACCAUUGUCUUGACUUUACCCGGGGAUUUGACGGUGCACCAGAUUGGCCAUUUUGGCGUAUGGUGCGAGGCAUUUACCGUUGACUUUGGGCACAUACAAAUUCCACAGGGUCUCAACGUUCCACCGUCCCUUAAGAUGCUAGGAGUUUCACCGCAGUCGAAACUAAACUGUGAAGUCCUGGAUGACACUUUGGCUUUUGAAGUGCGCUGGGCCGUUGCAGGUGACAGCAUAGUCGUACAGCUCGUUGGAAAACUUGAAGAUGGACAAUACAUGGGCUUUGGUUUAUCGGUAAAUCCAGAUAGAAGCAUUAUGGUCGGUGGAGACGUCGUAAUAGCUUGGGUAGACAAACAAACUCUUCAAGGAUACGCUAUUGAUUAUUUCCUGGAAGCUAAAUCACAGUGUUCCGGUAAACGAGGAAGUUGUCCGGAUGAAAACAUACUAGAGGAUACCAACUCGGUUCGAUUGUUGAAUGCAGCAUUGGUUAAUGGGUACAGCAUCGUGACCUAUCAGAGACCAUUGAAAGCCAGUGAUGAGCUGGAUCUUCAGGUUCUCACGAACAGAUCGCAAGCCAUCAUCUGGGCGAUUGGUCCAUUGAACGAGAGGAAGGAGGUCAGUUUCCAUAGUGACUACUUGAAGACGGAUCGUUUCAUCGAAUUCGGUAGACCUCCUGCUUGGAAUUGUCCUAUUCCUGAUCAAGACCAAGAUACUUACACCGAUAAUCAUAGUAAUGCUAAUAAUAAUCAGCAAGUUGCAACAACUAUAAAAAGACCUCAACGCAUACCUGCAACUCCAGCACCAGCACCUAAAAAUGACGCCUGGGAAAUUCCUCCGAUACAAUGUUAUGAACCAGAAGAUGGUGUAUUCUAUGCACAAAUGGGACCAACCGGUGGAAAACAUGGAUAUCCUGCUAUUACGGGUCACGUAGGCUGGGGAAUUUCUUGGUAUAUAAACGGUCUUUUGAUUCCGGAAAUAAACGUAGUCCGUGGAAAGAAGUAUACGUUUGUCGUUGAAGGUGGACUUGAUGCCGAUACACCGGCGCGUUAUCAUCCGUUCUACAUUACGGAUGAUCCGAUCGGUGGUUAUCAACAUAAAACGCCAGAAGAAAAAGCAAAAAUCAAAAUAUUCGCUGGAGUACGUAGACAACGAGGAUCAGUUCGACCUACUGGAGUUGGACGAUUCUGUAACUGGGUACCAGAUCAAAAUCAACCACUGGCCGAUGAAUUUUCAUCUUUCGGUGCUUAUCAACGAACAUUGACUUUAGUAUGUGAUCAUGGUGAACCAGGAAUCGUUGAAUGGACUCCCGAUGAGAAUACACCUGACACGGUUUAUUAUCAAUGUUUCACUCAUCGCUACUUGGGCUGGAAGAUAAACGUCCAUGACAGCUGCGAAGAAGGUUCAGCCAGCGAGAACCAUGAGAUUUAUGUAGAACCGAAGGGUCAACAUCUCGAGUUCAUGGAAGAUUUGGAUGUCAGUCCGAGCAUUCGAGUCUCGAGCAAGGUAACACCAACGGCCGAGUUCCUUCAGCAACAUCUUCAUCAUCCUCAUCAUCGGGAACAUGGUCUUCGUUAUACCCAUCAUAUGGCGACUAACUCUGGCAAGCUAAGCACAUCCUAUCCGCAGCUACUAACGAACGCUAAUCAUAACAAUUACGAUCGCUUUCGAACAUCGGUCAUACACGAGGAUGCAUAUGGGUCGAGGUCUAAUCAUGGGAUCAUUCCUCAUCGUUACGAGGUACGCGUGAAGGAAAACUAUCGUCACGCGCACCUCGACGAGGAAGCUCUGCAACGUCAACACCAACAACAACAUCAACAACAAAAACAACAACACCAAACAUCUACUAGCUCGAUUUAUAGCGAGUUAGGAGGAAUUGGCAACGUUAACAGGCCAACCUCGUCUUCCCCGACCUCAGCUACGAUCACGUCCACGGCAUUUUCCUCGUAUCCCAGCAGAUCUCAGUUCACGGAGAUCGAUCAAGAAAUCCGACAGUCCUCUAACCAUCCAUUGUCUAACCUCGUUGCAGAUAAUCCAAGACCACUGAGCCACGGGAUGAAAUUCGCUUACACUCUACCCACAACGCAGAUCGUAUAUUCCAGACCGACGUCGCAUCAUUACACGCCCGAUCACCAUCCUCUCCAUCAUCUACUUCAUUACCAUCAACAUCAGCCAGAACAGCAGAGAGGUCAAGUGAUGAUCGUACGAAGACCUGUCCUUACGCGUCGACCCAUUUUACAGAGUUCUCAUACGAUCAACUCGCCGACCUUCUCCCUACCACCUUCCAAAUCGAUGUUCAUGGAACGUAAAAAAGCUGUUUACAAGAUACCAACUUCGGAAAAAUUCUCCUAUGGAAAUAUUGUCAAAUUGAUGAAAUUCGAGCCGAAACAACGUACCAGAUUAGAAGCUAAAGUAUCAAACCAUGAAGCAACUGUCAUGGACAUUUCGGAUAAUUUGAUGACCUCUUUAAAACCAGCACGUAACACUGGUUUCAAUCCAGACUCCAUCGUAAUCGAAGGUGGCUUCAAACCUAUAAUCACUCCGUCCCGUGACACCCUCGAAAAACGAGUAUCAGAAAAUGAUCCGGAACACGAGGAAACGAUUAAAGAGUCGUCUAACUUUUCCGAACAAUUGUCAGGGAAAAAUUUCGAGCCAGUAUUUUUACCAUCCCCGACCAUGAACCCAUUAAAUCCAACAUCAUUCGACGAAUCAAAAAAACAAAAGAAGAAAGCUACCCCAACGUAUGUUAAUCGUCCUUCGAAACCAAUUUCAGAUGAAUUAGACGACAUGCAAAUGGCUGCCGACGGUCUCCAAUCCUAUUACUUACCUCCUGCCAGAUCAGAGAUUCAACCAGUUACUCCUGGUGUUUUAAUAACUUACGACGGUAAAAAGCUCAAGGAUUCCACGUUGGCUAGGUCACUCUCGGAAAUUGAGGAUCGUUCCAAAGCACGACUAACUUCAGACGUGCUCAGUAGGACACCACAAUUUGGUAAAUUCAAUGGAGAACUUCCACCCCUUAUUAAUACCGAAAUACGCUCGUCCGAUAAAACGACAAGACUCGAAAGAAACGAACAAUCACCCUCGUUAGAUCUGCCCACAUCGAAAUCACGAAAAAAUACAAGACUCACGUUGGUGGAAAGAUCAAAGAGAUCGCCCGAAGAAACUCGUACGAUGUCAAGUACGGAAUUUCGAAGGAGUAACGUCACCAAAAGUACAUCCGACGAGGAGGAGGAGAACAUAAAUGACUUGACGACGCUCGGUAGCACCGGCCAAACAAUUUUAGCUAAUAUUAAAUACGUCAUACUCACCAUAAUACUUUAUUACGUUAUUUGAAGAGAAAACGUGGGGGGUCUAAUAAAAAGAGGGGGGAAAACGCAAAGAAAAAUUCGCGUUGCUAGUAGACUGAUUGUGAUUGGUUCGCCAAACGAUGAUGAUGAUGAUGGUGCUGGUCGAUCUUUACUGGUCUCUCCUACCCUUCAAAAGGGUUGAAUGGUGCACAAAGUAAUCGACGCGACGAUAACACGGGAAGAGGAACACGACUAACUGUAUAAUGGUUUUUUUCUUUCUCUCUUUCUCUCUCUCUCUCUUUCUCGCACUCUCAUUCUCUGUCACUCUCAUUCUCUCACAUUUUCUUUUUUUUGUUUUUUAUAUUUAGUACAAUUCGCCUGUCACUCUCGAUCUCCAGCCCGAUUCGUGAUUGCCAUUCGUCAUUCUCUUUCGUUUCUCUUUGUGCUGAUGUGAUCUCUUUCUAUCUCUCUCACACAUACUCUUUCAUCUAGUACGAAGCUCUCUCUCUCUCUUCUAUUGUUUUUUCAACUUGUCACAAGCACGUUUUUUUGACUAUACAAAUAGUUUUUUCUUUUUUUAUCCAUGUAACCGACCGGUCAACCAACCGAGGCUGUCGUUCGAGAGUAUCGGGCGAUGAUAGAGAGUCUGUUGAUUAUCAAGGAGGUAGUAGCUUCUGUAAAUAAGUUGAUUUUGUUAAAUAAAGAUAAUCGUAAAAACAUUGAUACAAGUUUAUCAUCGAACAAUAUCAAACCUCUUAUAUAUAUAUAAAUGCUUUUUUUUUCUUUUAAUUAAACUCGUGACAGGGUAGAAUGAAUUUCUGUAUGAGUUUGUGUGUAUUGUAUUGGAAGUUUAAGCAAUAUUUUAUUGGUAAUAGGAAUAACAAACAAAUUUUACAAAAAAAAGGGAAGAAUAAUGUAAAGAAAAACAAAAAAAAAACAAUCAGUACGUUAUUAUCUACUGUACAGUAUUUAGAUGUUUCGAUAUUAUAAGAUUUUACGUGUUAGUAACGAAAAUGUUGUGCAUUUAAUCGUUACCAAUUAUGUUCAAAAGUAAUCUCGAAUGUUAUACGAAUUUUCGGUGCAAUAACAACACUGUGAUCUCACGAUCGAGCUUUCAAAUAUAUUUUUAUACGCCUGAAGUAGUUCCCGAUGCAUUCGUGCAGGUCCCAAUAGAAUAAGAAGAAAAGAAAAUAAACUUAAACUAAAAAUUAAAUAUAUUAUACAUAAAAGUAUAAUAAUAAUAAUAAUAACAAAAGAAAACAAAAAAAACAAAUAUUACAAUUUUUAUGGAAGUCUAGGAUAUAGGAUUCUUUUUUGCACAUUUUCCCAAAAGCGAACAUCUGUGAACCUGCACGUGAAUGAUAUUAUAUUAUGAUGAAACGUCUGUACAUUACGUUUACAAAUUCCAAGAUCGAGCAUCUUAAGUACCUGUCAGAGAAGCUCUCUCUCUCUCUCUCUCUCUCUCUUUCUCUCUCUAUCUAUCUAUCUAUUUAUCUAUCUCUCUUUUUCUUUUUCUCUCCGUUUUACGUUUACGAGGCGAGAGUUUCACAUUGAAGAUAAAACGCUUAUGAAAAAAAUGUCUACGUAGAUAAAAUUCAGCUUGAAAAAAUCUCUAAAAUGAAACGCUUUCGAUCCAGCUUUUGAAUGCACUUCAAACGUGUAUGUCAGGAUACUGUUAUAUAUAUAUCCUUCGCUAUAUAAUCUAAUCGAGAACUUAUUUACAUAUUUUACACGUAUUACCUUUCAUCUAUUUUCUUAUUUUCGUUUCUUUUCUUUUUACUCUU